GAGAAAAACAACACUUUGCACUUUGUCAAAAUGGGGAAAGGAACGGAUAAACUCUACAUCACCCACUCAGAAUGGGCAUCCAAUGAUGCAUACUCAGCUAGCGCUGGCGCAGGCGUCGGCAAAGCUCGAAAAGGCGACCAAGCCGCCUUCAGACGCCUCCCCUUCAACUUCUGCUCCCUCUCCCUCCAACCAUACCAGCACCCCGUCUGCACCGCCUCGGGAACAAUCUUCGACCUCACUAACAUCCUCCCCUGGAUAAAAGACCGCGGAACGAACCCCGUCGAUGGCACGCCGCUGAAAAGCUCGGACCUGAUCAAGCUGAACAUUGCGAAGAAUGAGUCCGGGGAGUACGUCGAUCCCGUUACGUACAAGGUUCUCACGGAUAAUACGCAUAUUGUUGUGCUGAGGAAUACGGGGAAUGUGUUUGCUUGGGAUACGGUUGAGAGGUUGAAUAUUAAGGGGAAGUUGUGGAGGGAUUUGGUUACGGAUGAGGAGUUUGGGAGGAAGGAUAUUAUUACGUUGCAGGAUCCACAGAAUAUUGAGGGGAGGAAUCUCAACUCGUUUCAUUAUAUGAAGACGGGGGAGAGUCCGGUGACGGAGGAGCAUGAUCCGGCCAAGAAUGUGAAUGCGAAUGCGCUGGGUAGUGCUGCGAAGAUUGUUAAGGCGAAGGAGGCUGUGGCUAAGGCUCGCGCGGAGAGGGCCCAGCAGGCUGGUUCUGCUGGCUCCAAGGGGUUGGCGAAAACUGGAAGCGCGGUGGGCGCCAAAGCGGCUCAGAAGGCGCAACAGCCAGGAAAAGUCACUCCGUAUAAUGCCGCGCGACACACGACGGGUUUGGCGGCUGCUUCGCUUACCAGUACUGGUAUGACACCUCAUACGUCUGGGGAGCUGGCGCUUCUCUCGGAUGAAGAAUACAUGUUGAAGCGAGGUCGGGUCAAGCACAAAGGUUAUGCUCGCAUGUCGACUACUUCCGGAGAUCUGAACUUGGAGCUGCAUACUGAGUAUGCGCCUAAGGCCGUGUGGAAUUUCCUCAAGUUGGCCAAGAAGGGAUACUACAAUGAUGUCACGUUCCAUCGGAAUAUCAAGGGCUUCAUGGCCCAGGGUGGUGAUCCUACCGGUACUGGUCGCGGAGGCGAGAGUAUAUGGGGCAAGUACUUCAACGAUGAAUUUGAGGGACCUUUGAAGCAUGAUUCUCGGGGGACCUUGAGUAUGGCAAACAAGGGGAAGAACACGAACAGCAGUCAAUUCUUUAUUGCUUAUCGGGCCCUGCCUCACCUCAAUAAUAAACACACCAUCUUUGGUCACAUCAUCGACGAUCCAACCCCUUCAUCUACUACGCUUAAUAGUUUGGAAAUGCACCCUGUCAACCCAACCACAAACCGACCGACCCCCGACGUCCGAAUCAAAGAUGUGACAAUCUUCGUCGAUCCAUUCGAGGAAUUCCUCAAAGAGAAACAAACCCAAGAAGCGAUUGACAAAGGCCAAGUUCCACGAACAACAGAAGAGGAAGAACAAGACUCGCGACGGGAAGAUGAUGAUCGCGUAACCUGGACAGGGAAAAGAGUCCGUGGUGCUGGGGAAACAACUAUGGAUGACAGCUCUGGGGGAGGCGUCGGAAAAUAUCUGAAAGCUACGCUUGCUGAACGAGCGGACCAGGGCCAAGAAGAAGAUGAGAUUAUUGAGUUUGUGGACGAGGAGCCGGAGCCGGAACCAGCGAGGAAAAAGGUUAAAGGGACAGGGGGCUUUGGAGAUUUCAGCUCGUGGUAAAUCAAUUCGUGGGGAACCUUCAGUUUUUUCCUCCUUGAUAUGUCGUGAUAUUAUAGAUCUACAAGUAUCUACUCUGAUAAUCAUCUUGGGAUAUUCGUACUCCGUCUUCCAUUCGUGCGAAUUUGGCAGAGGUAAUAUCCCGAGUCGCACACUAUGCGGUACUACUCUCCAUAGUCUCGCGUGUCAAACUCUACAAGGAAUAGGCCCAAAUAUAGAAUGUUGACGAUUGUUC